UGGGCUGGGUAGGGCAGGGCAGGCGAAGAGGAGGCGCUGGAGGUGAGAGGCGUGCUUUGUAUUGAUGCGAUAACCUAGAGCUAGAGCACGGCGAGCUCCGCGGGUGCAGGCUAGCAUGGAAGCGAGUGGGCGUUUUGAGCAGCAGCAGCACUACCAGCACCACCAUCACCAUCAUCGUCGAUCGGGAUGGGAUAAUAGCAGCGCUCACGAUCAGGGCUAUGACGAGGCGAACGAUCCAGAGCCUCCUGGAGGGAGUGAGGGGGAGUCGCGCCAUCGCCGCCAUUCCAGGCGCCACCACCUGGACGACUCUAGGGGGGACUACAGCUCCUACAGGAGGCAGGAUAGCUGCUGGGAGCAUGAUAAGUUCGACGACUCCGACUACAGGCAUAGGAGCAGCAGGGACUUUGGUGACGAACGUCGGCGGUCGCACGACUAUGAUGAUCUCGACAGGGAGAGAGGCAGGAGAAAGGACAAGGAUAGAGGAGGCGGUGGAGGAGGAGGUCGACACGGUGGUAGAGAUAGGACCACAGAUGUCUACACGCCUGAUGGAUCGCGCUCCCCGUACACGUCGUGGCAAGAGGAGAGCAGGCCCGUGCAAGAGGAGCAACAGCCUUCCGUGGUGCCCACGGGAACAAUUGUUGUCAAAGGCCUCUCCCAGAAGACAGUGGAAGAUGAUCUGUAUAGGGCACUGGAAAGAUGGGGUCCGCUCAGGCAUGUUCGUGUUAUAAAAGAAAAGGUAUCAGGAGUGUCGCGGGGCUUUGCUUUUGUCGAUUUACCGUCUGUGGACGCUGCCGAAAAGUUGAUGGCAUCUAUUGGGACUGACGGGAUAACUGUCAAUGGACGGCGGCUUUUUCUGGAAUACAGUAGUAGACCAUCGGGAGGGGCUUUUCCAGACUACAGAUUUUCCGGUCAGGCUAGCAAGCCGUUAGUUGCCGUUCCAUCUGACUGGAUCUGCGCACUCUGCGGUUACCUCAACUUUGCUAGGCGUGUAGUCUGUCUGCAGUGCAACGAAGCCCGCGGUGAAGAAGCCACUGAUCUUUCAACUUCAGGGUAUAGGGGACCUGAGCCAGCUCCUUCACAUGUUCUUGCCGUCCGUGGGCUUGACGACAAUGUUGACGAGGAGAUUUUGCACUACGAGUUUUCUAAACAUGCUCCCAUCAAGGAUUUGCGGCUGAUUCGUGACAAGUUUACGCACGUCUCUCGGGGUUAUGCAUUCAUACACUUCCACUCGGUCGAGGACGCGGUGAAAGCGCUCGAGGCCAGCAACGGCACCGCGAUCGAUAAGAAUGGUCAGAUUCUGCGGGUUGCAUUUGCAAAGAGUCCCUAUGGCCUGCACGGUGGGCCGCUUCUGACUGCUGCUGCAUCGUGUGCCCAGCAGUACGAUGCCAGCGGCUGGGAGCCCAAGGAGUACGACGCCAGGUCAGAGUUGGAAGAGGGUGACAAGAGCUCCGGCUUUGUGUGGGAUGAAGCCUCGGGCUACUAUUAUGAUGCCGCAACCAAGUUCUACUACGACGCCAACAGGAACCUUUACUACGAUGGAACUCAUGGCGUCUGGUACACCUUCAACCAGGAGCUUCAGCAGUAUCAAGCAUAUACUGCAGCGUCAGCUGAGGAAGCAGAGCCUCCGAAACCCGUUGAAGACGUAUCUGCAAGUGAAACCAAGGAUAGAGCGAGCAGCAGGAAACAGUACGCUGCCAGUGCAGUCAUAUCGGCCCCGGCAGUUGUGCGUAGUGAUGCUGCCGCCGACAAGGUGGCGAUGUCAGAUGCCGCGGCGUCAAGUGCAGCCAAGGACAAGCUCAAGGAAGUCCGUCUUACGUCCAAGAACUCGGGCAAGAAGAAACUGAACAGCACGUUCAACCUUUGGAAGCAGCGAAUGAACGAGGCAGCCACGGAGGGCGAGGAGGCUGUCCGGAGAGAGCAAACAUCCGGAGCGGACGAGAGCGAGGCCGUGUUGAGAGCUGAAGCUACUAGCGGGCCAAGGGUGGGAUCCAAGCGGAGAUUUACGGAAACUACGCCUCAGUACAGGGACCGGGCGGCGGAGAGGAGAAGCCUCUACGGGCUUAGCGUGCCGGGAGAUCCCCUGGAGGAAAUGGCCAGUGCGGGCGGUGCUCCGGUGCAAAGCUCGGGAGGCUCGGCAGAGAGUUACGAGGCGGUCACGGUGGACAAGGCUCUGGACGAGAGCAACGUUGGCAACAGAAUGCUCCGGAGCAUGGGCUGGCAAGAGGGAUCGGGGCUUGGAAAGGAAGGGACUGGGAUCGUAGAGCCCGUGCAAGCACACGUUGGAACUGAACGGGCUGGUCUUGGCAGCCAAAGGAGCCGGUUUGAAGUCCAGCCUGGUGAUUCCUACAGAGCUAUCAUCCAGAAGAAGUCUUUCGCUCGCUUCCACGAUAUGCUUUGAGGGAUCCACUUAAGAGAGAAUAACAUAUAUGAUUGAACCGAACAGUGUUUAUAUAUUAUAUACGGAAAAUUGGUGCCA